AAGCCCGUUAAGACCAGGAAGCGAGAGAGUUCGAAGAGAGAGAGAGAGAGAGAGAGAGAGGAUGGAGAGCGAGCCAACUCGGAUAAUGGUGGCGGUGAACGAGUCGACGAUCAAGGGCUAUCCUCACGCCUCCAUAAGCAGCAGAGGAGCUUUCGAGUGGACUCUCCAGAAGAUCGUCCGCUCCAACACCUCCGGCUUCAAGCUCCUCUUUCUCCAUGUCCAAGUCGCCGACGAAGACGGCUUUGAUGAUAUAGAUAGUAUCUAUGCUUCAUCUGAAGAUUUUAAGAACAUGAAGCGUAGAGACAAGGCCAGAGGGCUUCAUCUGCUGGAGAAUUUUGUUAACAAAUGCCAUGAAAUUGGGGUUUUAUGUGAAGCAUGGAUCAAAAAAGGUGAUCCCAAAGAGGUGAUCUGUCACGAGGUGAAACGCGUACAGCCAGAUCUUCUGGUCGUUGGCAGCCGGGGUCUUGGUCCUUUCCAAAGGGUUUUUGUCGGAACUGUGAGUGAAUUUUGUGCAAAGCAUGCUGAGUGCCCUGUUAUCACCAUCAAGCGCAAGGCUGAUGAAGCACCUCAAGAUCCAGUUGAUGACUGAUUUGUGUCGUCAAAUUUGCAUUGGCUUUCCCAUCCCCCAAUCUGUUAAUAGUCUUCUAAGACCAGACACUGUUAGUAAGCUCUAGCAGAGCUAUUAGAGAAAUUGCCUGGGUAAACUUUUCAUUCGGUGCAGUUGAUGAAACAUUACAUGCGAAUUUCUUGGCAGUGGAUGUGGAUGUUGUAAGUUGUCAUUGUCAUGUACUCAUUUUGGGGAGAUUGCUUUGUUACAUUCGCUAAUUUUGGUCAUAUAUAUUAAGGCUAUAUGGUUUGUUUGUUUUUUUU